AUGGCAGCCUCUCUGGGCAUGCUCAAAAACCUGCCUUGUCCCGCUGGCAGCAAUUGUACUGCCUUUCAAUGUCUCUUCAAGCACCCCAACGAUCCUGCAGUCGCGACAGACGAGGCUGUAAAGCCAGCCCAAUCUUUUGGUGGCAACGAUAACAACUCGUCCUCCUCUGUAAAGGUCGACUCCAGUCCGAGGAAGCGGGUCAAGCUGUCAACAAGCUCACCAGAUGCCAAGUCAGCCACUCCGGAGGUAUUGGGAUCCACAGCGGCCAAGUCACGGGUUCCGGACAAUACGUCGGUGGUGACGGCGGCCACGAGCCUCAGCACGAGACCUAUCUCGCCACCGCCUUCCCGGAGGACGCCUGUUCAGAGGACUGAUGCUCUGGUCGCAACCGCCGGGGCCAAGAAUGACAGUGCACUCCCAUCUCAGACAACAGCAAAUUCCAGUGCAGCGUCUCAGAAAACAUCCAACGCCGCUGCAACACGACCACCAACCAAGACUGUACCAGCAAAGCCAGAAACCCUCAACCCUAGACACCUGGCAAAGGCCCCUGCAUCACAUAACAUCCGUUUACAGCUUGUCAAGCUGCUUCAUGCUCAGUACGAGCGCCUCAAUAAUGAGCUCAAGAAAGCGGCCACAAGUGACGAAUCCCCUUUAAUCAUGUCUCAGCAACAACUCAUCAUCAAGGCGCUAGAUGAAGAAGAGCGCGCAGCUAUUACUAAGCCAUCAAUACACGGCAAUGUAGUCAAAAACACAAUCAUGCGAUAUAAGAAGAUGUCACUAGAGCAGUGGAAGAAAGAGAGGGCUGAGACUUUGGAAAAGGCCUCGGGUGACAUUUCACGCCCCAAGGAGACACCCAAGACCAUCGAUACAGGCCUAACCCCUAUUCAAGAAGUCAAUCUUCUGUCACGACUUUGUUCUCCUCUCACUGGCCUGGAACAAUUUGGCUAUGUUUCUACCGUACCCAAGGACGAAGACGUUGAGAAGGCAAGACGGGCAGUCGAGGCAUCGGGCAACAUUGAACUAUGCGAUCGUUGUACACGCAGAUUCACAGUCUUCCCUGGACGCAGAGAGGAAGACGGCGCACUGGCGUCGGGCGGCCCAUGUGUUCAUCAUCCUGGCAAGACUUAUUUCAUCGAAGGCCCAUCUGGUGACCGCUCUUCGUCGCCCAAGAAAUGGCGUUGCUGCGACCAAACCGUCGGAGAUACAGACGGUUGCGAGACAGGUAAACACCACGUUUUCAAGACGACAGAUCCCAACAGACUGGGAAGCGUUCUCCAGUUUGCUGAGACGCCUCCGAACCCCAAUGCGCCAAAAGAUAGAGCUGUCUGUUUUGAUUGCGAGAUGGGCUACACUGUGUAUGGAAUGGAACUCAUUCGAGUUACGGCCGUAUCUUGGCCCUCCGGUGACGAACUCUUGGAUGUUCUCGUCUAUCCGGUUGGCGAGUACAUUGAUCUCAACACACGUUAUUCUGGUGUCCGGCCUGAAGACAUGGCCGAGGCUCAGCGCUGGAAGCCUGGCGAUGAUGCUACACCCACAAUUAUCCCUUCAUCAGAUGAUUCAAAGCCCCCGCAGCGAAAAUUGAAGAUAGUACCAUCACCCAAGGAUGCACGAGAUCUCUUAUUCAGCCUUAUAUCACCAGAGACGCCUCUCGUCGGACAUGGUCUGGAGAAUGAUCUGAAUGCUCUCAGAGUUGUACAUCCGAUCAUUGUAGACAGCAUCCUUCUUUAUCCGCACAAACGUGGAUUGCCCAUUCGUAAUGGCUUGAAGUGGCUGACAGAAACCAUGCUGGGUCGUAAGAUUCAGGUCACAUCCAAUAAUGACAAUGGGAUUCAGGGCCACGACAGUGCUGAGGAUGCCAGAGCUGCCGGAGAGCUAGUGCGGCUCAAAGUCAGGAAUGAAUGGAGAAACCUGCGAGCAGCCGGCUGGACCAUUGCAGAUAACGGAGUACUCACCUCCCCGGAAGAGGGAUGGACCUAUGUUGGAGGCAAAAAGGCGAAGCGUGCUUAG